UCUUUAUGGAUUCAGUCUACGGAAAAUCAUCGCUGCGAACGCGUGUGGUUUAACAUUGCCAUAAAGUUGUUCUCAAGUUCUCGCUACUAUAUAUACUACUUUUUUUUGUCUUAAUCUACUUUUAGUUUAAAAAUCGGGACAUUUCCAUCCGUUCUGUCUAUCCAUAAUUUCAAAUCAUUUAGUUGGUUGUGAUACAAAUAGUAAAGCUUAUGUAUCAAUUGAGACUAUUAUCCUGCCAUCGUCAUUACGGUACGGGGUUGUUUUGAUAUUACUCUGAAUUUUUAUGCUGUCGCUUCUAACGAAAGGCAUAGAAGAAAUAGAGCGAACCGACCAAUACAGAAAAGUGAAUGAAGGAUUGAUACUAAAAAUACAUCGAGGAACAGAUAUUUUCAGUUCUUCUAUAAAAAGUGAUUAUAUUUUUACGUGUGAAGAAAGUCUGCGAAGCGUAAUUUAAACAGUGAGAAACCACGCAUGAAUGAGAAUGCACGAUUCUGAUGGCAGUAUAUGGAUAUAUUCGAUAUUGAAAGUGGUUUUUAUCAACUGAAGUUUACUUUCCGGAGUUGGCGCUAAUGUGAAUAGGAAAACUGUUCCAUGUAUGUCAUUUUAUAUGGUACAAGGAUGCAAUGAUAGAAUACGCUUGAUUUAUGUGAAAUAAAACAAAAAUCAAAAGCAUCCAAUUUUUGUUGUGAAGGAUGAAUUUAAAAUUAGGUCACUAAGUAAUAGUUCAUCGAUCCUACUUCGUAAAGUUAGGAUUUCAAAGGCCUAAGGAAAUUCCCUGUUUGGAUAUAAAUAAUCAGUGAAAUGGGAACAAUAUGUUCAAGCAAAAUCUCUCCUAACGGAAAAUUAUUGUUGUGAUAGUUAUUGAAGUUGAAAUAACGAAUUGCAGUAUCCAGUGUGUUUGAUGGUCAGGUGCUACUACUAGUUUCUGCGAAAAAGGAAAUAAAUAAAAGCUGGUGAUAAGAAAUAUCGGUGCUAACCGAAAACAAUCUAAUACAAUUUACAGAAUAGGAUUGUUUUUCACAGUUAUUAAAGGAAUAGAAGCAACCAGAUCGUAUGAAGCAAUAAUUAUUAGUACAUACAGAGUAGUUAGUAAUAAAUGGCGAUGGCAGACGAAACCCCAACCAAUAAUCGCCCACCGUACAAAAAACGUAGUUCGUCUAUAUCUGCGCCAGCAUGCGCGAGUAUGGAAACAAUAGUGAGCCCUUCGUCAGAUGGGGGAACACCAGAAAAUGGUACUCCUGGAAACAAAAGACGAAGACCUGCUACCCGUACACAGAGUGCUCGAGUUACCGGUCCGAGAUCUGUUCGACGUAAGCCUCAGCCACCGCCUUCUACGCUUCAAGACGCCAAAGGCCACUGCACAAGCGAGCCUCGAUUAAAUGAUUCAGAAACACCACCCCCUCAAAAACGUCGAGGAUCACAAAGAAGAGCCACGCAAAAUACAGAUAGAAGAAUUCAAAACGUUCGAACUAAAUUAGCUACGAGAAAAUCUAACAUAUUCCUAGAUGUACCCCAAAUAAAUAUGCAACAGCUCCAAAUCGACGAUCAAGAUGAUGACGAUAAUUAUAGACUGAGAACGUUUAGCUCUUCGAAACAAGGCAUAGUGAAUCGGGGAGACUCGUUUCGAAGACGAAGAUCGAGAAGCAAUAGUUUAGCUCCCAGUAGUCCAAUGUACGCUCCGGAGGAAAUUCUGCCCCCCAACAGUGGACCAAUCGAUUCAUUUCAAGUAGCAAUGAUCGGUGCAGCAGGUGUCGGCAAAGGAGCUCUAUUGUCACAGUUUCGAACUUCAGAGUGUAUUAACGCUUACGAUACUCGGGAAUCUCCUGGUCAACAAAACAUCUCUAUAAUACUAAAUGGAGAUGAAUCUGAAUUAAGAUUCGUUACAGAUAAUGCCGAUAAUAAGGAUGAAUUGGCCAAAGCGGAUGCAUUUCUGGUGGUUUUUUCAGUGGUAGACAAAGCAACCUUCAGUCGAGCAGAGCAGCUUCUUAACAUAUUGCAUGACAUGGACCUUACACGAAGUCGUCCAAUAAUUCUAGUUGCCAACAAAAUUGACCUGGCUCGGUCACGUGCUGUUUCUUCGCAAGAUGGUAAAUGCAUGGCUUGCACACACCGAAUUAAGUUCAUUGAAGUAUCGGUAGCAAUAAACCACAAUGUUGAUGAACUUCUAGCAGGUGUACUGACUCAAAUACGUCUUAAAAAAGCUCAUUGUGCAGUGCAAGGAUCCCGAGAAUCUUCUCCAGCACAUUGGUAUAAAAAUCGAAGUGUUGUGCGCGCCUCUAUGAAAGCUCGACAAAUGAUAACAUGGAUUUUUGGAAAAGAAGAUUCUAAAUUCAAAAACUGUGAGAAUCUCCAAGUUUUGUAAUCCACUCAACUAUUGUUCGACAUCAGUUCUCAUCAUAUUACAAACCUUUAAAACUUCCCGAUAUAUUAGUAGUAAAAUUAUGUAUCCUGAAAUUGAUUCUAGAUGAACAACUCCUCUUGUAUCGUCUGUAAUUUUUAAUUAUAAAAAGUGCCUUCUCAAGUUAUCUAUACACCAUGAAUUUAAAAUAUAUUCAUCUAUGACUAAGAAAAUAAGUUACGAAAUCCUUCCUACUACACAAGAACUUAAAUAUCCGGUGCUUAAUUCACGAAGUAAUGAAUUUGGAGCAAUAAAUAUUUUCAAACAUAAUUAAAGCCAUGUAGGAUUACUAUUGACUUUUCUAUCACAUAACUUAGCUAGACCAAACAUCAAAUACAAAGAGGCAAACAAUUAUGCUGUAAUGUUAACAACAUUGAUACAAAUGUUAUAAUAGUAGUUUAUAAUUAUUUGCUAUGUAUUGUUGCUUUAGACCAAAAAGGGUACAUGUAAAACUGGAUGGUUAAACCAUUCCUGUUCAAAAUAUUUGUUUUAUUUUAUUGUUUGUACUCCAAAUGUUAAUGCAUCAGUUUGUUAUAAUACCAAUAUAUACAAGCACUUUUCUCGAUUAUAAUAAUGCGGUAACCUCAGGUGGAUUGCGCAGAUAUAAAAACUUCUCAUUCCGCCGCUUCGUAUCUCAAGCAGAAAGAAUAGUAGUUGAACGAUAGGAACAGUAAAAUUCUUGCAAUAAAAUCAUUACUAAUUCCUUUAAUAUCAUAAAUUUACAAACAAUACUAAAAAUAGUCUACUGGAAAUUCUAGCUCAGUAAAUAAUAAACAAUAAUUAUAUUACGUACGGCAGUACGUAUACUGCCGCUUUACGCAUAACUGUCCUAUAUUACUAACUGUACACUCAGGCAAAAUGAGUAGUGAAAAUCAUUUAGAAGGUUAAUAUAAAAGAAUAUCUCUAUUAUAAUAUUUACGUCUUUGUAAUAUGUAUCUCUUCUAUCCAGGCGCGUAUCCAGAAAAAAAAUUCGGGAGGUGUUUUCAUAAUAUAGGGGAGAGCAGGUUUAUAAAACAUUUAAGCUGUUCGGUUUAACCACAUAUCCGGUCUAGCCCCAUCUGUUCCAUAAGAUUGUCAGAUAUUAUUGUUACUUAACAUCUCAUAUGAAUUCAUAUUUCGUUUAUUUAUUUAUUUAUUUAUUUAUUUACAUUUAUUCAUUAAAUAAAUAAAUAAAUAAAGGACCCAGGAAGUACCAUUCAUGGAAACUAUAUUGAUUGGACAGAUACUCACAUGUCAUGCAGACAAGCACAACUACAAUUCAACCAACGCGUGGCCCCAGCGGCCGAGUUUUGGAGCACACCGAUCAGCCAAGAACAGGCAUUGGAGGCUAUUUAUUUUUAAGAUAAGCAUCAUUCUCUUUCCCUGUCUUUGAAAUCACUUGCUGGUAUCCAGAUCUUUUACCCGUGCGGAUACAAUACCGUGUCAUGACAAACCCUACGGAACAAGACCCGUAUUAAAAACUAUCCCGACUGGACUUGCACUCCCGGCCGGACCGUACACGGUUUAUUUCUGACCCUAAUUGAAUAGAAAAAAAGGCGGAUGGGUAAUGUCAGAGACAUAACUGGAUGUCGUGAAUAGGAGAAAAAACUGGCACGCUCCCAUCACUUUUCCGAAUAUCAGUUAGUUGAUUGAUUGUAUGAAUUGUGUAAGCUUUCCCCUUUUUCACUAAUAGAGUUUGAAGUGAUGCAUUUACAUUAAAGUACAGAUUACUUACAUUAAACAGCUACUAUUCUACACCUAUAUACCUUAUGAUCAAAAAAGAUCAGGAAUUUUAUUAAAAAACGCAAAAUUUCAAUUUUUAAUAAAUUUAUUUAUUAUCGCCUUCAAAGUACUCUCCUUCUGCGGCAAUACAUGCAUGCCAACGCUUGAUCCAAUUUUCCAUACAAGUUUUAUAGGCCGCCGAAGGUAUGGUUCUUAGUUCACACAGUGAAUUCUCUUUUAUGGUCUUUAUGGUCUCAAAACGCGUUCCCCGCAAUGGCAAUUUGAGUCUGGGGAAAAGGAAAAAGUCAUACGGUGCCAUAUCUGGAGAGUACGGUGCCUGGUUGAUGAUAUUGGUUGAGUUUUUGGCCAAAAACUGCGACACAACCAACGCUGUGUGAGCCGGCGCAUUAUCGUGAAAUUCAGCUUUUUUGGCACCAGCCGAGAAGCUAUGCGUUUCAAAACCAAAACGUCAGUUAAAAUGUGUUCGGCUGAUCCAUAAGAGAUGCCCAACAACACAGCAAUCUCUCUAAUCGGUACAGAACGAUUUUGCAAAACGAUUUGCUUCGCCGAUUCAAUGUUUUCUUCAGUAACAGAUGUUGUUGGGUGGCCAGGGAUCUCAUCAUGAUCCAAGCUUGUACGACCACCUUUGAAGCGUUUAUACCACUCGUAUGCCUGUGUUUUUCCAAGACACGAUUCACCAAAGGCCUUUUCUAACAUUUUCAACGUUUCGUAACACUUAAAUCCAUUUGCAACACAAAAUUUGAUGCACGCACGUUGUUAUAAAUUUUCAUCCAUUAUAAAAAUCACCACACGAAACUUUUUCAUCUUCUUUGUAUAGACGCCAAACAAAAACUAAUCGUACGAUAUGCGUCAAAAUUUGACAGAAUGUGUAUAAAAGUGUUCCCAACGUUGAGAGAAUAAAAGUACGGGUGUGUAAUAAGAGAGACAUAACUGGAGGUCGUGAAUAUGAAUAAAACUGAUACGAUUUCUUUAUACUUUCGAAUUCGACUCGAUAGUUGAUCGAUUGUGCGAAUUGCGAAAAUUUCUCCCUUUUCACAACUAAAAUUUUCAACGAUUUUUGACGUCGAUUAUUUCAUAUCGGAUUUGCAUAUUUCAUUGAAAGAAACUUUCAAAAUGCAGUUCAGGAUUCAUUUCUGCCUUUUGAAGGACCAAAUUGUGGAAUUCUCUACACGGGCAAAAUUCCGAUUUUAGAAAUGAGCAAAACGAGUCAUGAUUUGGGGAAAAUCAUAUAUUUUCAUGUUAUGAUAAUACACCAUUAUUAAAAUUUCUCGGAUCAUGAUCCAUUCGGACUGAUUUCGAUGAAAUUUAAACGUAACGCACUUGAAGUUGUUGGGUAUAACUUCAGGCGUGUUUCUGCUACGAUGGUAAUUUUUGCAACAUAAAUUCAGGCGCUAUGUGAGAUUUUUUCAACGAAGGUCAUUUUUGCAAUAUAAAUUCAGUGAAAAACACGACGAACUUUUUUUAAAAUGAAAAUAUUCUGUUUUCUGUUUUUGAAAAACGACGACGCAAGAGAUAACGUGUUUACUUGCGUUCAUUACUUCAGUUUUGAUUUUAUGUUUCAGAAUUUAAACGCAUAAACGAAUUGCAUGAGGAAACACGAGUGAAUCAAGCUUCAUAAACAGAAACUCUAUGUCGAAUUCUUGCAAAAAAAAUCGUCUUGUUCAUAAUAUUUAGGUGCAUCAAUACAGCUUGUGUUGUUAUAUCUAUGAAAACAAAUUAAUAAAAGUGGUUGAACAAAAUAUUUUUCUGAUUUUCGCUAGAUGGUGUUCCAAAUUCACAAUCGAAUUAAACGCUAGCUCACGGAUUAAAAAAUUUAAAUGAUUGGUUUCAUGAUUUUCUGAUCAUAACAGCAGUAACGGAUUUCUUUCCGCGUACGAUAUUUAGCACAGUUCGAUGUGAAAAUUUCAUAAAGGCACAUAAAUCAAUGAGAGAUUCUCUUUGUUUGCUUUCUCUUCUGUAAAUAACACCUAAAUUUUCACGUUCACUUACCAAAUUUGCAUAUAAAUGAAAGACAAUAUCUCCAGCUUUCUAAUAGUAUCAUACAUGUAACGAACAAUUGCGCAGAUAUAAUCGAAAGAGAAAGUAAACAAAGAGAAUCUGUCAAUUGUUUUAAGGCCCUUUUGAAAUGUUCACGUCGAGUUCGUAACAUUUAUCUCGAACGAUUUUCGCACUACGAAAAGUGCACGAAGCAAAUCAAAUUAUUUUGGAUUGCAGUACGAGACAAUUGCAAUGGCCUGGUCUGAAAUGUAUCGACGAUCUUCGGUAUGCAA